AUGGACGAAAAAUUAUUGGAAUUGCAAUCAAAUGAAGACACUUUCUGUAAAGAACCGGAGAAUUCUGAGGGAUAUUCGAAAUGGGUAGCUCGAUUCAAUAUUGAAGAAUAUGAUGCCGAAAUCAAUGUGCUUCUUGCAAAUAAUCCAACGUUAAGGGAAAUUUACUCUAAGCUGGGUAAUUUGCUACAUUACGAUGUCUUGAGGUUCCUUCGGAAAGUAGACAGCGAAGUUUUCUGGUCACGAUACUUCUUCGCUGUAGAGAUCGCUGAAAUGGACGAGGAGCUGCGUAAUUCAUUCUCAUUGAAAGAACUAACGAUCAAGACUGGUGCUGAUGGAAAGAAGCAGAAGAAAGGUUCAGGAAAAGAAGGAGGAGAUUCGCCAGGAUCGGAUGGAUCAAUUGCUGUCGUUGACCAACAACCCACAAGCCCUGCUGCUUCCGCGGAUGACUGGAGUGUGUGCAGCGAGAAGAAUUACGUCGAGGGUAAAGAGAAUAAGCUUGGAAUGUUAUAUUACAAGAUCUCACGAUCAGCGAAAGACCAAGAGGUAACGCAAAACGCUAUAGUGGGCGUGUUGCCAUCAUGUUCGCUGCAGGACCUGAAUGACAACGUCUUGCAUUGA